AUGUCGUAUACUUCUGCUGACGUGAUCAAGGGCCCCCCACCGAAGCCUGAAGGAUCUUCACGGUAUCAUGCCGCGGUAGCAGAAUGGUCGCAGUCUCAAACACCAAUCGCCAGUUUCGAGUCAAAAGAAUUAUCACUAGCCAAAUGGCCGCUUGCAAGAACUCGAAAAUACACCCUCCUUGGUUCAUAUAGCUUAGAUGAGCAUCGCAGAUUGUACAUUCCGGGAUCGCCGCCCCAUUUGCCGCCAUCUAUUGACCAGAAAGAACUUGAUAUUGGCUCGGAUCCAAAUCUCUCGAAUGCUGUGAUACCCCGAGCCAUGGAUGCGGUGUGUCCCGCAAUCCAGAUCAUGAACCCUUACUUUGAUCUCGCUAGUCUGCAUUUCAUCGUUGAGCCGUCUGUGCUAGCUGAAAUGCUGCUUGGGCGGCCAAAACCUCUGCUCAUUUUCGGUUCGAAAGGUGCAGAUUCUGUGGACACAGAUCCUGUGAGAACAGACUCGGCGGAAACGCAUUCCGUGGAAGUUGGAGAUACGGAGGAAACUUCAUUGAAGGGCUUCAACCCUGGAGACGCCAAACUUCGACACGAAAUCACCGAGCCUGCGGAUGGAAUACCUGCAGGAUCCAAUUACUGCCGAAUAAUCCAGUACAAAUGGGGAGGUAUCAGCUUUGCUAUUCACGAAAAAGUCAACGCAUGGUCUCUAAACGAGAAUAUUGACGUCGAUGCAAUGCAACCUCCAAUCAACAACGACAUGCCACCCCCACCCGAGCCUCAAGAGUAUUCAGAACAACCUAUUACGAGGGUUGGCAGUCCCAUCCCCCAAGAGCUAUUGGUCGACAUCAAGUGGCUAGCUGCGCUCUAUUUCUCCCGCGUUAACAACAUGUGCAUGGCCCACCCAAUAGGGAAAGGUCUAACAAGGUUCUCGGUGAAAGAUCACUCGAAAAUGAUACUCGAGUGGGAGAAAGAGCGCCAACUCGAGCUUAAAACACUGCACGCGCUCCUGCUCAAGUUGCGAUCGGAGAUGGAGGCGUCGGGAUCGGAAGUCUGUCUGUUACGCCCUACACCUGCUGCCAAUAUCAGGGACCGAUCUUGGGAACUGUACAAGGUCGGCCUGGACGAUCCUUUUGUUGCAAAGUCCGUGAAGGAGUGUCGGGCCACGUUCGCCCCGUGGAAGCAGGUGAAGCAGGGGCAGGGGAGUUAG